UAGAGCUCCAUAUUGGGCCCAACCACUGGAGCUUGACGCCAAGCAAGAAGCUGAGGACGUGGUUGCUCCGGCGAGUAAAAUGGCGUUUCUCUCUUCCAAGUUCAUGCUCUAUCUUCAUACAUAUGUGCUCCAGUUAUCGACAAGUCGACGAUUGUAAUAUCCGAAACGGCGUCGGAGGACGAGCUUUGGGCUGAAGCUUGCCUCCGCGUGGGGACAUUCAACGAACUGAAUCAUUCUUCUUACAAUAUCCAAUUUCACUAAGAUCACAGAAGAUACUUGGCCGAGCGUGAGUUCGAGGCCCUUAAGGAUAGAGUUUCAGGAAAGUGGGAAGGUUUUACGCGGGUAUCCUGUGUUAACGCUACCCUUCCAUUUUCGCAACUACAACCUCUUCCGAGGAUUUAUGCUCUGCAUGUAAGUUCUCUGAUGGGGUACAAGACAGAGUUGUGGUGGGGAGCCUUGAUCUCAACCAAUGCCGUUGGCUUUCUGAUGAAAUCGCUGGAACAAAACCAUAGGGCGUACUUGAGCAACGCCUGUGUUGCCAGAGAGCUGCAUUGUAACGGAGUUGGUUACAUACUCAAUGAAAAGUCUAAAGGAGUUGCUAGAGAAUGGGGUAAGAAAUGCUUUGGUCAAACCCAUCACACACUCAAAAUUGGACUUAAAAAAGAAGAGUUGUGAUCCUGAGUCAGGGAUAACGGAUAUGUACGUGCAUGUAACGGUGGACUAUACAUGAAAAGUGGGUUCGAGCAAGAGAGCGCUGAGCCAGCGUGGCAAGCUCGAUACCUCAACAGGCCACAACGGCUCCUCCUCUGGCUCUCCCUCCCUAUUACCUCCUGAACCAUGUCCAGAUGUAAAUCUUUUCAUUUUUCCAAUUUGUGUACAUAUUCUUGGCAAUCAAUUUGUGUCUCGUCAAUUUGCAUAGACAAGAAGUGUUUUGGUGUUAGUCUACUCACUGUCGUGUAUAAAAUUGGAACUUUCAUUGGAUAAUGGAUAAGAUUUUAGAUAUUUCAUGUAUUCUUUUUCCGUGUUGGUGGGCAGAAACGGCAGCGUUUUAAACUGGCCAUUGGCUUCAUUUUCCGUUACCAAUAUAAAAACAGAGUCAAGCGCUUGGGAAAAAUAUGAAAGGCUUAGAAAUGGUGGUGACGUCUUUCUCUUCAACGCCUCCUGUCUUCUUCUCUUCCUCCCCGCUUUCUUCUUCGAAUCUCCGUGGACGCUUCACGAUCCUUUCCUCUCCCUCUUUUCUCUUAAACGGACUAAGAAGACACCAAGAUGCAAAGUUGGUGGGAACAAGGGCCAGAGGUGGAGCAGUUCGAGUCCUAGCAAAUCCAAAUGCAUCAUCUCCUCCUCCAGGGAAAGUAAAGGCCAAAAAAGAAGUAAUCAUGGUAGACCCUCUUGAGGCCAAGCGGCUUGCUAGUAAGCAAAUGGAAGAGAUUAAAGGCAGAGAGAGGCAACAGCGAAGGCGUGACGUAGAAGCUAUUAACGGAGCCUGGGCAAUCAUAGGACUCUUGAUAGGGCUUGUGAUCGAAGCCCAAACAGGAAAGGGUAUUCUUGCUCAGUUGGAUGGCUAUUGGAUGAGAAGCAGAAAGCAUGGCCAGAGAAGUCACGAAGAACUGCUUUGGAUCUCUAAUGUCUUCGAGAGGAUCCACUUCUCUUCUCCGAACAUUGUGAAGAUUCACAACGGCAGAUUCACAAAGGCAGCUGAUAUUUCUGGCAUCUCAGGUUCAUCAAUGGCACUUUCCUGCUCAGGCCUUGAAACAAGAGUCACUAUACUAUUCACCAUAUCACCCCAUAUCUUAGAAGCUGCUGGAUUGAGAAGGGCUGGAGUCUCACAUAUGAGUCUUGUCGCGGCAACUGUGGUUAACUUUACCUCCAUAGUUCGCAUGAUCAGCUUAAGGUUUGGAAUCCAGAAACGCUCCAUGAUCGUAGUGAAAAUGUUCUGUUGAACAGUAUUCAUAGUGUCGACUAGAUUAGCCGGUCCGUGCUUCCGUGAACAAAUCAAUGCCAACAAUACUUUAUAUGGGUUUGCAUUUUUAUGUUCAAAUAAAAACAUAAAAAUCAUCAUAAAUAAAAUUAGAAAGAUUAAGUUAA